CGCGGAAUGAAAGUACGAUCAGCAGUAAAGAGAUUCUGUGAAGGCUGCUCGGUAGUAAGAAGAAAAGGUCGCCUUUAUGUGAUUUGCAGCAAAGAUCCUAAACAUAAACAGGUGAGUGAAGAGGUUCUCUCCUCGAAAGAAAAGUGUCUGACAUCCCCUCUUGCGCCCUCUUCCACAGAGA